CGGCGGAAAUAAGUAUGUAUUUAGCGGCGUUCGCAAUGGGGGUAUCAUGUUCUCAAUACUUGCCUGGAACAGCCAUGUCUGAUGUCUCUGGAGCAUCGGUGCGGACCCACUUCCCACUUCAGAUUGCUAUAUGCACGGACAAGGGAUAACAUGAAAGUUUUUUCGUUUCGUUUCGUUUCGGGACAUGGCCAGUCUCCUGAAUUUCUUCCAUCUCUUUGCUUUCUUUGCCAGAUCUACUACCAACUACUUCUUAUUUACGUGGUCACUCUAUUCCCGCCCCACACGAGAACAGUCAGCGAUGAGUGGCUAAUAAUCUUUCCGAGACAAGUGCAACUUCGGACUUCGGACUAACACGAUGCUACCAGUAGAGGUUGAGUGAUGCGCAGCACAGAGCACCGUAAGGGAUGCCGAGCUCGAGCUCCUGAUUUCUAAACCGACCCAUGAUCCAUGGCUCGGCGGACCACUGCUGCUCAUAUCAUUGUAUGUACGUAUGUAAGUACUGCGCGCACCACCAACAUCGGAUCACUAAUUCACAGUCUCCCACUACAUCUCUUAUUUCCUUAUCACUCUAGCCUUGUAGGUAAUAGGUAUCAUACAUACGGAGGAAAGGAGAAAAAGAGCUUCAGGUAUUUCGAGCCACUACACACCGGGACCCCACCAACCCCCCCUAUAGUAGUACAUACUUCCGACGGGGUUGCAUUUUAUUUUACUCUCUUUCCUCGUAUGUAUUGCACAUAAUGUAAAACCAUGGUCGUUGGCCACCGUCCAAUGAACGAGCAUUGUAGCCCCUUCUCCUCCUCCUCCUGAGUACUCCACCUCC